CGCUGCUUGACGAGACAGAAAGACUGGACGAAGGCGAGAGAGCGACGUCGACAAUUUCUACGGAGACUAUGUGCUGUUAAUCGCCGUCUGGUUCCACCCCAAUCGCUUCCGAUUAUCACGCAAACGUUGGCGGGCCACAAGAUCGUCGAAACCCGUAGGUGGAGCGGCUGGAACCCGUGCGGCCUUGCAGUCUGGUUAAAGGGAAACCGAAGAGGACUAGCGGCCGCUUCCUUCUCCUCGUCUCUUGGUGAGCAUGCCAAGAUGGGACUAAAGUGAGGCUUCUUGCAUCCACAUCCUCUUUGAAGCAACCUCAGCCUCGUUCCUCCUCUUCCUCCGCCGACACACCUCAGCCGACAGUCAAGCUUUGUGUACAAAGAUGGACGUCUGACGGCGGGGGGGGGACAAGAAGGUGACACAAGACAACUCCUCCACCCCCCGCCAGCGCCCGCCAGCGGCCAUGUCGGGCCUCAAACGUCACCAUGACGGGAAGAUCGCCGGGCUGUAUGACCUGGACAAGACGCUGGGGCGUGGACACUUUGCCGUGGUUAAACUGGCCCGGCAUGUCUUCACUGGAGAAAAGGUGGCAGUAAAGGUGAUCGAUAAGACCAAGCUCGACCCGGUGGCGCGGGGACACCUUUUCCAGGAGGUGCGUUGCAUGAAGCUGGUGCAGCACCCCAAUGUGGUGCGCCUUUACGAGGUCAUUGACACGGCCACCAAGCUCUACCUCAUCCUGGAACUGGGCGAUGGCGGGGACAUGUACGACUGCAUCAUGAAGCACGAAGGAGGCCUCAGUGAGGAGGUGUCCAAGUGUUACUUCGCCCAGAUCGUGCACGCCAUCUCUUAUUGUCACCAGCUGCACGUGGUGCACAGGGACCUGAAGCCCGAGAACGUGGUGUUUUUUGAGAAGCAGGGCGUCGUCAAGCUCACCGACUUCGGCUUCAGCAACAGAUUUCAGCCCGGGAAGAAGCUCAACACCUCUUGCGGCUCGCUGGCUUACUCAGCGCCCGAGAUCCUGCUCGGAGACGAAUACGACGCGCCGGCUGUCGAUAUCUGGAGCCUGGGCGUCAUUCUCUUCAUGCUGGUGUGCGGUCAGCCUCCCUUUCAGGAGGCCAACGACAGCGAGACGCUCACCAUGAUCAUGGACUGCAAAUACACAGUGCCGCCACACAUCUCCGGCGCCUGCAGAGAUCUUAUCGGCCACAUGCUGCAGCGGGACCCCAAGAAGCGAGCGACUCUGGAGCAGAUCGAGAGCCACGAGUGGCUUCAAGGCAUCGACCCGUCCCCGGCCACCAAGCUGUCCACGCCGCUGGUGUCCCACCGCAGCUUGCUGGAAGAAGAGCAUGGCUCUAUCAUCCAGCGUAUGGUGCUGGGGGGCAUCGCGGACAGGGAUGCCAUAACUGAGGCUCUGGAGUCAAACCAGUACAACCACAUCACGGCGACUUACUUCCUGCUGGCUGAGAGGAUGCUGAGGGAACGGCAAGAGAAGGAGCAACACAGCCAGACACGAUCGCCCAGCCCAAGCAAGGCUCAGUUCAGGCAGUCCUGGCCCACCCGAGUGGACGUCCACCAGGAUGUAAGCGACGGCUUGGGCGGUCCGGCUAUCUCACACCCUGGUGGGCCUCAAUCCCCCGCUCGCAGUGCUGAGAGCCUCCACAAAGGCCCCAGGCCCAAAACGGCGCUACUGGAUCUCAGUCAGAGGCAGGACAACCACGCGGCGAUGCAAAGCCAGCAGAACCAGGACAAGGGUCUCCGGCCUCUGUCCAAGCACCACUCCAACCCCCUCAGACUGGGCUCUCUGACCUCAGGUGGGCCUUGCAAAACCCGCAGUCCCAGCCUUUUCAGCGUGGAGGAGGACGAGGAAGAAGAGGGCGAGGACAGAUGUUUGUCCCCCUCUGGUCCUCCCGCUCAAGUGGUGCUCCGCUGCAAAGCCUCCUCCUCGCUCGCCUCGUCUCGUAACCGCUUAACGUCCCGGAUGAGCGCCCCCGUUCUCAAUCAGAUCCACGAGGAGGAGAAAGGGGAGGAUGAUGAAGAGGAAGAAGAGGAGUUAAAAGGGCUUGGCCUGACCAAACCCAGCCUCAGCCUCAAUCUGAACUCUCGAGUCCCGUCGCCCUCGGCGCUCUCGCCUAAAACUGUCAACUCGGCGGCGCCCGUCACCACCCUGACCCCUGGCUCAGAGACGAGCGAUGACAACACGGAGAGUCAGCGCUUAUCGGACGCUGCGGUUCUACAUGGGGACGGGGAGAGUAAUGAGGAUGGUGAGAAAAGGGGGGCAGGCCAGGGUAGUCCCUCUAACUGCGCCAGUCCCGGGUCAGGUUCUGGCCAAGGGAAAGGCUCGGCGAAAAGUUCCAGUGGUCUGGUGGAAAGCCUCAAGCUGAUGAGUUUGUGCCUCAGCUCCCAGUUCCACAAUCUGACAGGCAACGCCGGGGGAGGGACACCCGGAAACGGCGCGGGCGGCCUCGGCGGGGACCCUCAGGAACGCCCCGUGUGGAGGAUGUGCGUGGGCGGCUCCACGGGCAGCCUGGAUAAAGUCUCGCUCCUGGGGGGGCCGUCGCCCCGGGGGAACCUCUACCAGCAGCCGCCCCCUUUAGGGGAUGCGCUGGCGGACCCGCUGUUGGAGGGCUCCUGCUCGGGGACGCUGAUGCUGGGGGAGCUGGACCUGGCCCGGGAGAACCACAGGAACAUGAAGAACCGAGCCCUGCAGAUGCCUCUGAGUGACAAGACUCUGUCGGUCAACAUCCACCGCAGCCCAAAGGAGGGGCUGCUGUGUACCCCGACCCCUCACAGCUGCUGCCAAGUCAUCUAGGGGGCCGCCACCCACAACACUCACCCGCUCACCAUACAUGAGGGCGCACAGGUUGACACUUUUGUAAAGAUGGUGGACGGCAACCUUGCACAUUCACAGAUACUUUGGCCUGUUUGAAAAGAAGCAGGAAGUGCUGUAACGGAUACACACGCUCAUAAUACAUGUACACAAUGUGCACAUCACUCGCUGUCACAGCCCAACAGUUGUCAUCUCUCGUUACAUUUUGUUGCACUGUGCUGGUUUUUAUGACUUUUAAAUUAUUUCUUACCUUUUUUUUAUUAUUAUGACUGAAUUCAUGAAUUCAUGCCUUCAUGUAACCCUUAAGAGAUCCUGAAAACAAGAUAUUUACAUUUGACCCGAAUGAUAAAAAAAUGUCCGUUUCCCAAAAACUGCCGUAAAAAUAUUGGAUAUUAAUAUUUUGCUCAGUGAUUGGCAGCAGUGUUGAUUUUCAUGUAUUUAGCUGUUUUUUUCUGCAGUGCUUAAACAAAAAGUCACACUCAGGACAAAAAAAAUGUCCGCUUCUCAAAAACAGCUGUAAAAACAUUGUCUUCUAAUAUUUGCUUACAUUUGAAAAAACACGUCAUGUGUGCAUGAAAUAUACGUAUCAUAUAUGAAUGAUAUUUUUGAGGUUUUUAACUUGUUAAAGCAGGGGUGUCCAAAUUACAGCCCGGGGGCCAUUUGUGGCCCACAGCUUGUUUUUUACUGGCCCGCCACACAGUCCACAAAUUAAACAAACAAAAAAAAAAACAACAGCAAUAAUGGAAAAAAGAGCAAAAAGAUGUAAUAGGUAUUAAUAAUAAUAAACUUUGUCAUCGCAACACAAAGCUAACAAAGUUUUGUCUUUAAAUACGUAUAAAAACGUGGAUAUUUUAGCUUUUGUACAAAAUAAAAAGUAUCAAAAUGGCCACGGCAUCCUUGGUUUAAAAGUUUUGGACACCCUUGCUUUAAAGGACAGUAUGUUUACAUAACUUUGCAGUUUUUUUUAAUGGGAAGAAAAACAAGAAUUUCCAUAAAAUAUAUUUCAAACAAGUUUCAAAUUGGAUUAUUGGGCCCUGAAAUGUCUCAGUGAUUGGUGGCAACAUUGAUUUUCAUGUAUUUAUUUUAUUUUAUUUUAUUUUUUGUGUGUGUUUAAAACAAAAACUCACACUCAAAUGUCCUCUGGACAAAAAAAAUGUCAGCUUCCCAAAAACUGCUGUAUAAAUAUAUAUUAAUAUUUUUCUCUCAAUAUUGUGAAAACAAUUUCAGCCUGAAAAAUAUUAUUCAGGACUCAUUUUUACGAGCUCAUCUUGUGGGGUGAGCAAUUUUCUGCAUGCUUUGAAUGGGGGCAAAGUAGCGCCAUCUGGUGGAUAAAAAUGGAAAGCCACAUUUUCAGUGGGGCAUUUUGUUUUUUUGGGGGGGCAUUUUUUGUGUCGCCUUGGCAUUUUGUGCUAAUUUAAUAGUCUUAAAAUGUUUCUAAAUGGAUAUCCUCUGUCAAAUUCAUCAUACAUUCAUUCAGCUCAAACAAAAUGCCCCCCCCCCCCCCCCCCCCCCGGAUCUCUUAAGGGUGAAACAGGGAGGAAUGAAAGACUGGUGCACAGUAUUUUGUAGUCCCGUCGCUUUUAUUUUUGUAUGUGUCCACCUUCAACAGGGGGUGGGGGGGGGGGGUUAACAAAAAACAAACGCACACACGAACCAAACAAAGAAAGUGUGCGUACUUAAUGUACAUAUGUGAAUAUGACUCUUCAUCUAGUGUUGAUGUGCUGCAGUAGAAAGCUGAAGACUAGUUCCGUUAUUCUUCUGUUCAUGCCGGAUAAGGUUUUGUUGCGCACACAACUUGAAGUCACUCAACUGGAAAAAAACAAACAACAUGCCACGUGUGCGCACAUGUACAUAAUAAACAUACACAAAAUGGCAGCUCUCGUGUUAACAUUGAAAAGGGAAACUCCUGGGUGAACCUUGCAGGUACGGGAAUGACGGUAGCCGCUGUUGUAGCGUUAUUCCAAAAAGGAGGUCGUCGUCGUCGUCGUCUUCUCGCUCUCGACAACGACAGUGUCCCACCCCCGCCACACCACGCGACUCCCGCCUUCCCCGUCAAGCAUCGCUGUGUGUAAAUUGGACACGUGAUUCACCCCUCGUGGAAUAUAUAUAUAUCUUAACAGUGCAUGUGUUUUUUGCUGUAGCAACCUUAUUCGCACCCACGGAGGUCAAUCCACCCGCAGUCUACGAUCUACUACCUGAGGAACAACCGGUCACUUUAUACUGUAGCCACACAGCAAUACCAGCGACUGCAAAAUGUACUACAAUAAUGGAUGUGCCAUACGACCUGUCUUGAGCAUAUUGUACUGUAUGUAUAUGAUAGAGAUAUAUUAGAAUAAACUGAUGUGAAUGAAGCCUGUUGAUGGGAA